CGUGGCUGAGGAGACUGGCCCAGAGCCCGGGGGGGGGGGGGGGGGGGGGGGUCUUCAAAAGGAAGUGGACCCUGCCUGGGAGCCCACGCCUCAUCCUCCCAUCAGUCCUGCGGGCACCAGGCCGACAGCCUUUCCCACCUGACACUGGGGUGGGGGGUGGAGGCCAGGGGGGAACGGACCCCCUCACUGCGGGCGGCCCUCCAGGGGCAGUCCCUUCGCUGGUUUCACUGCCAUCUCCAAGCCUUUGUCCUCACAGGACCCUCCCCCGGAACGCGACGACCCACCACGUCCCACCGACCUGCUCCAGGAAAGCCUGUCUCAGCAGGACGCCCGUCCUCCCCUCUAAACAGACCCCCCGCAUUGAUUAGGUACCUACUGUGUGCCAGGCCCAGCUCCACCAGGUUCACCGGCUUAGAGCCCUGGGCCCCUGGGGCCUGAUUCUGCCGGGAGGGGGGGUGGGGAGGGGAGGGGGACGCCCGGCCCCUCCCGAUCUCGGGUGCUGCCCAGAUGGUGAAUAACGCGGGGCCUGGCGGCAGAAGUGCAGAGGGCGCCCAGCUGGGGCGGGCCCAGGCUACAGUCCCCCGAGAGGGCCCCGGCCACCGCAUCCCUGUCCCUGAGCCCAGGGGGCCGAGCCGGGUCCCCAGCGGGCUGGGGGGCGCCCCCUGACCCCCAUCGGCCAGGCCAGGCCUGAGGGGCGUGGCCAGCGCCAGGGGGAGGGGCCGGUGAGAGACGCUGGAGAGACAGACAGGGACCGACCGGGCGCGGGCCGCUGCGCGGAGCCCCCAUCCUGGGCUAUUUUUAGCCCCCGCGGACCCCGCUUCCAGGCGGGGAGGACUCGUCGCCCCUCCUCCAGCCCCGGAGGACCUCGCGCAGCCGGGCGUCCUGAGCUGCCGCGCCCUCCAUCCGUGCCCUGCGGAAACGGGGCAGCGCCGGGGUCCUCUGUGCGUCCCGCCCCCGGCCGUGACUCGGUUUCCCCGGGGACCCCGGGAGGCCCGACCGCCCUGCUCCCCGCUCCGCCCUCCCCGGCCUGAGCCCGACACCCGCACGUCGGCCAGCCGGGCUGUGCGACAGGGGCGACCCCAGCGCAGGCCACGGAUCGUCGUCUCCAGGUGUGCCCGAGCCGUCCCCGCCCGCCGCCCCCGGCCCGAUGGGUUGGUGACCCGGCGCCAUGUGGCCCAACGGCAGCGCCCUGGGGCCCUGUUUCCGGCCCACCAACAUCACCCCGGAGGAGCGGCGGCUCAUCGCCUCCCCCUGGUUCUCCGCCUCCUUCUGCCUCGUGGGCCUGGCGUCCAACCUGCUGGCCCUGAGCGUGCUGGCCGGUGCGCGGCAGGGCGGCUCGCACGCCCGCUCCUCCUUCCUCACCUUCCUCUGCGGCCUGGUCCUCACCGACUUCGCGGGGCUGCUGGUCACCGGCGCCAUCGUGGUGGCCCAGCACGCCGUCCUCUUCGACUGGCGCGCCGUGGACCCCGGCUGCCGCCUCUGCCAGUUCAUGGGCGUCGUCAUGGUCUUCUUCGGCCUCUGCCCGCUGUGGCUGGGGGCCGCCAUGGCCUCGGAGCGCUACCUGGGCAUCACCCGGCCCUUCUCGCGGCCCGCGGCCGCCUCCGGGCGCCGCGCCUGGGCCACGGUGGGGCUGGUGUGGGCCUCGGCGCUGGCGCUGGGCCUGCUGCCCCUGCUGGGCGUGGGCCGCUACACGCUGCAGUAUCCCGGCUCCUGGUGCUUCCUGACGCUCGGCGCCCAGCCCGGGGACGUGGCCUUCGGCCUGCUGUUCUCGCUCCUGGGCGGCCUCUCGGUGGGGCUGUCCUUCCUGCUCAACACGAUCAGCGUGGCCGCUCUGUGCCACGUCUACCACGGCCAGGAGGCCGCCCAGCAGCGCCCACGGGACUGUGAGGUCGAGAUGAUGGCUCAGCUCACGGGCAUCAUGGUGGUGGCCACUAUCUGCUGGAUGCCGCUGCUGGUGUUCAUUGCCCAGACGGUGCUGCGCAGCCCGCCCGCCAUGAGCCCGACCGGACAGCUGUCCCGAGCCACGGAGCAACGGCUGCUCAUUUACCUGCGCGUCGCCACCUGGAACCAGAUCCUGGACCCCUGGGUGUACAUCCUGUUCCGCCGGGCCGUGAUCCGGCGUCUCCACCCUCGCCUCGGCGCCCGGCCCAGGUCGCUGUCCCUGCAGCCCCAGCUCACCCAGAGGCCCACGGUGCAGUAGGACCCCAGGGGGACAGCCGGACGGGGCGCUCCCGAGGGUCACGGCUGGUCUCUUCUGAAGCCCCAGGAGCCGGGAGCGUCGGAAGGACCGAGACAUUGAAGGGCUGUCCUCCAUCCGCCCUGGGGACUCCCUAACUCCUCCCUUCUCCCCCACCCCAGGAAGGGUGGGCAGGCCUGUGGGGCGGGUGUCUGAGGAGAUCAGACUUGCAAGCCUCCCCUUCCAGAAACCCUCCAGAAGUGGGGGCCCUUGGACCCGACACGACCUGCUUACUGGAGGGUACAGUUGAUUCAGCUUGAUGCCCCCACCCAAGAAGGCCCUGUUUGGAAAAUAUUGAACACGAGUAGGCAGGACACCCCCUCCCUGGCCAAAAUACAUCUUAGCCCCGCCGGCCGUCUUUGCUUCCCUCUGGGUCCAGACGGCAUCGGCAUCGAUCUUCACCGACAUGCGGGCGGCCGCCUGAGCAGAGCUGGGGCGCAGGGGAACGGGGGGGGGGGGGGGAGGGGGCUGGGUUCUGACUCCUCCCUCCUUUCUGGAGUCUUGACUAAGCACUCUGUAGGUCCGGUCUCCCGUCAUCCUCCCUACAGUCCCCGGGGUUCUGGCAUUAAACCCACUCGCAGGUGAGGAAAAGAGAGGAGACAGAGACAGGCAGGACUGGGAUGUGAGCAAUUGCUACCCACCCCCCACCCCCCAGUCCCAAGCAGGGCUCACUCCCUCACUCGGGUAGCUGCCCCCACACCACUUCAGACCCCAGGGCCUUGAACAGAAGGCACUUGGCCCACAGCAGGUGCUCAAUAAACAUCCAUGGGAGGGACAGAG